AAGCUCAUUAUCCCCUCUCUGAAACUCACAACACUUAGUAAAUCACAGCGCCUUUAUCCCCUUUCGGGAACCACAUGAAUCACAGCGCCUUUGUUCCCUCCAAAGCUCAUCACUCAUCAUCGCGAAGAACCCUCGCUCAUCACCCAGUCACCACUCACCGCCAGUCACCACCCACCACUCACCACAUCGCUGUGCCGCUCACCGGCUCACCACUCACCAACUCACACUCUCAUCCUCACUCAACACACACAAAAGAGGAAAAAAAUCAGAAAAGUGGAGAACGGGAAGAAGAAGAGAAGAAGAGGGGAGAGGGAAAGGAAGGAGAGGAUGACCCCGGCUAGGGCUCCGCCGCGCGGACCAUCGUCAUUGCGUGCGCUGACCGUCGCCUCAGCAUCGCCAUCUCGUGCACUCACUGUCGCUGCUCAGCAUCAUCAUCGCGUGUGCUCACUGUCGCUUCUCAGCAUCGUCGUCGUCGCUCAGCAUCGUCAUCGCCGCUAACCUGAGAAGAACUAAUGCAGAUAGAAGCCAGAAGAUUGGGAAUUACUGAUUAAUGGUUCUUUAAGCUCUUCUUUCUCAUCAUUGAUAUUGGAUCCGUGCAGCCUGUAUCAGGCGUUGAAUCUGUUCCAGGAAGGCAAAAUCAGUGGAAAGGAUACAAAGACUAAUGAGACUAAGGAUGAUGCGGGAGAAGAUGGUACUGGUGCAAAGAAUGAUACAAGGAGCAAUGCCCAAGCAGCUGAAAAAAGCGAGGGAGAGAAAUUAUUUGCACAAUACUGAAAUUAUGCUCACUAAGGUUAAGAUGCCACUUCCUGAUAUGAUGGCUGCUGUGCUGGCUAUGGAUGAAUUAGUAUUAGAUGUGGAUCAGGUGAAAAAUCUCAUUAAGUUUUGUCCUACCAAAGAAGAGAUGGAACUCUUGAAGGUAAAGAUUAACAAACUUAUCAUACUUAAUUCCUACAUCUUGUUUUGUCAGGGAUACACUGGUGACAAAGAGAAUUUGGAAAAAUGCGAACAGUAUUUUUUAGAGCUGAUGAAGGUGCCACGAGUAGAGUCAAAGUUAAGAGUAUUCUCUUUCAAGAUUCAAUUUCUGUCUCAUGUCCGAAAGUCUGUCAAGCUGAAGAUCAUGAAGAAAAUUCUUUUUUUUGGGUAAUACAUUAAAUCAAGGAAUAGCUAGGGGUUCUAGCUGAUAGGUCGCCUGGACUGCUUGACUUCCGCUUAGACCUUGUAAGCCUGGAAGCUACGACUAAGUAGUAGUAAUUGGAGGAGUAAUAAUUCAAAAUUGGCUUGUGUAGAAGAGUUCAACUUUUCAAAUGUGAAGAGAAUAGGGAAACUUUGUGGCAACAGUUCUGAUUUUGGCAUUGUGGUGGGAGGUAGGGGAUUUUUGUCUAACUGCUAGGGUGAUGAUUUUUUAAAUUAUAGCUCUUUAUCUUAUGGUUUAUAGCUUAUGCUUUUUUGAUCUUUGAAUUCUAAUUUUGGAUUUGUGAAACACUACUAUGCAUUGGUGAAACUUGUACACGGUAUAGAAAGGAUUAAUGAUAUCAGUCAUUGAUAGUUUUGAGUCUGGUUUUUUAAUUUUUAUAAU